UGCUGCUGGAGAGCGGCGCCGAGCCUUCCUCCUCUCCUCCCGCGGCGCUGCUCCCAUCCUCCUCUUCUUCCUCCUCCUCCUCUUCCUCGACGUCUCCCCCGGCGGUGCUGUCCCUUGUCCCCGGAGCACGUGGCGUGCGUGUGCGAGGCGCUGCAGCAGGGCGGGCACCUGGACCGGCUGGCCCGCUUCCUGUGGUCGCUGCCGGAGCGGGAGCUGCUGCGCGGGCACGAGAGCCUGCUCCGGGCGCGCGCCCUGGUGGCCUUCCACCGCGGCCUCUUCGCCGAGCUGUACGCGCUGCUGGAGGGGCACAGCUUCGGGCCCGGCAGCCACGCGCUGCUCCAGGAGCUGUGGUACAAGGCGCGCUACCGCGAGGCCGAGCGGCUCCGGGGCCGCCCGCUGGGCGCCGUGGACAAGUACCGGCUCCGGAGGAAGUUCCCGCUCCCGCGCACCAUCUGGGACGGCGAGGAGACCGUCUACUGCUUCAAGGAGCGCUCCCGCAACGCCCUCAAGGAGCUCUACCGGCAGAACCGCUACCCCUCGCCCGCCGAGAAGAGGCACCUGGCCAAGGCCACCGGGCUCUCCCUCACCCAGGUCAGCAACUGGUUCAAGAACCGGCGGCAGAGGGACCGCAACCCCGCCGGCAACGCCGCCUCCGCCGCCGCCCACGGGCUCGCCAAGAGCGAGUCAGAUGGCAACCCCAGCACAGAAGAUGAGUCCAGUAAGGGCCAAGAGGACUUAUCUCCACAUUCUCUGGUCGGCACUUCAGACGGCACUGCUGGCUUAACCCUUCCUAGCCAUAUGGAGCCAGUCUACAUGCAACAGCUCGGAAACUCCAAAAUAUCUUUAAGCUCUUCUGGAGUCCUGUUGAAUGGAAACUUGGUGCCUUCCAGUCCUUCUCCCGUUUUUCUUAAUGGCACGUCUUUCAUCCAAGGACCCAACGGCGUCCUCCUCAAUGGGCUUAAUGUGGGGACCUCACAGGCCUUGUCUUCCACUCCACCAAAACCAUCCCCAAAUGAGUUGAGCAAUGGUGUUUCCAUGACGGACAUUUUAGCCCCUUCUCCGGAAGACGUGAAAGACUUCAAAAUCAUCCAGACUUCCUUGGCCAACUCAAUAGCCUCAUCUUCAUCGUCAACAACGACAACCUACAGCCCCAGUUCUGUCCCUAUCUCUUUCCCGGGACUGAUACCUAGCAUGGAGGUGAAACGGGAAGAAAGUGAAGAAGCCAUAGCUCCACAAGACAGCAGCUCUGUGGUUGCUUUUACGGCUCCUGUCCAAAUAAACCAAUACGGUGUUGUUCAGCUUCCUAAUUUGGCAACCGGUGGUCAGCUCCUUAAUGGAGGCAUCAGUUUUUCUCCAGUACAACUGCCGUCGGUUUCAGUAUCAACCUCCCAAGGCAAUAUUUCCUUAAACCAAAGCACAUCCGGCAGCGGCACCUUUACAAGUGACUCUACAACUACUCAACAAGGGAAAGUGUUUUUCAGCUCGCUUGCUCCCAGCGCGGUGCUGUACACGGUCCCGAAUUCGAGCCAGGCCAUCGGGCCAGUCAAACAAGAAGAACUGGAAGCCAGCUUGGUGUUUUCUCAAGUGAUGCCUCUUGGCCAAAACUCCCAGCUCCCUGUGAGCCUACCACCUUCAGACAGUCUUUCUGGUGGUGGUCUUCAGCCAGGCGGCACCUCCUUAGUUAAUGUUACUCUGUCGCCGAACUUCUCCCUGGGGCCUCCUUCUCUUUUGAGUGCGGAGGAACUCAACUCGGUGGUUUCGGAGAGUUUGCCCAUUUCGGCUCCUGCAACAAGCGGUACGACUGUGGUUUCUGUUGGCAAUGCCAACUACACGACGCUCCAGAACUGCUCUCUCCUGGCCAGCCAGGAUCUGAUGCCGCUUUCCCCCAUGCAGCCGGCGUUAGGAGGGAUCGGCCUGGCCGCUAGCAACCACGUCGGACCUCACCCCUCCGUGCAAGUCCAGCCCCAAUUUACACGAGAGCAGCGGUUAAUCCUGCAGUCCAUCUCCAGCCUCAAGGAAAACUUUUUACCCGAUCCUGACAGCAAAUCGGUGAGCGGCUCCAUGAUGCUGGAUUCGAAAACCAAAUACAUCAUGAGUAACAUGGUUGACGCCAUCUGCGAGGAGCUGGAGGCGGACAAAAAACAGCUGGCCAAGCUCCAGACUGUAGAGAUGGACGAAGAUAUGCAAGAUUUGUAAACUAACAAACCAAACGACAGUGACACUUUUUGAUUUGCUUUUUCCUCACAAGGGCCCUAGCUUCUAAUGUAGGGUCUGGACGCUCAGAGUGUUGGUUUUCUUAUCUAAUCAAAAAUAUACAUACUAGACAAUCCUCUUCCCCCAAAAAAAGCUUUCUUGAAGAGUCCACUUUAGAUAAGUGGGCAUCUCCACUAGGAAUGGGAGGUUGCCAUGUGUUGUUUGCAUGAAAUCACACUUUUGUGAUGCCGGCUUUCGAGGAACUGUAAUACGGAAGUAUCACUCAGACAAAGGAUGGAUUGACUUACUAAUAUUAUCCAAAUAGUUUCAUUAGAUUUGCAACACUUCAGUGUAUUUUCUAAAAAUAUAUCCUCUGAAAUAUUAGAUAAGAACAAUAAUCAUACUUCUAAAGAAAAGACUGGGGAAGAAAUGAGAGUCUCUUGCUUUUUCAGUCUGGAAGUAAGUUUAUUUGUAGACCAUGGGCAUUGACAGAAAUGGACUUUCUUUUUGGUUUUAGUUUUAGUUUAAAUUACUAUCCUAGAUGAUACCUCACUAUCUACUGUUACCUUCUUGGUUGAGGUAGAAAGCAAGCACAAUCGCAACUAACAAUGUUUCCUAAUUUCCCCCGUAUGUAUGUUUUCCAGAAGCAUUUAAACGUUCUACCCUCACAAUGUUUGGAGUUUCUGAAAUGUUACAAAUCUUUCUUCUAUCUCUUUCUAAGGCUUUAGAAUCAGUGGAGUGGCAGAAGUAGUCAAGGAGGCCCUUUUAGGAUUUGAAAUUGUGCAGCCCAGAAUAUUUUGCUUUGUGUAUAAAUACUGUUUAAAGGGAAUUCAAGUUUUUAUUGGUAUGAUAAGUUCUGUUUAUAGUUAUUGGUGUCCCUUUAUCAUUUUUUGAAGUGUUGGAUGAGUCCAGUUUUCCUGAUGGCUUAAUUUAUUGUGUGUGUGUGUGCCACCUCACCCCUUUGGUAGAGGUUUAUGAACUGAAUUUUGGCUAAUUUAGAGUCUGGACGAACUGGUACUUAUGCUUUAUGCUAGAAUAUGAACAAAUGCAAUUUGGAGAUUCUUUGACAUAUGCCGCCACCCUCUAUAGAGUUGCGCUUUUUGUUUUGGUUUUGAGUAAUGUUACAAUAUUUAUGUUGUUUUUUUGUAAAAAAAAAAUCCCACUGUGCCUUUUCCCCUUGUGGCCUUAUAUCCUUGCUAUGAUAAGCACAGUUAGCAUGAAUUGAAAUCUCUGCUCUGCAACAAAAAGCAUUUGGACUUGAUUCCUAAAUGUUUUAUUUACAAGUGCAAUCCUAUGGAAAUAAGUAUGACUUCUCCGAUAAAUAAGGAAAGUGUAUUAAUGGUCACUGGGAGUGAAUUUUCCCCACUGGCAGAAAAAGGAGGGGUAAAUAAGUCCUUGAAAGUAGGAUAGGCUUAAGAGACAAAAAGAUGCAUUAAAAUGCAGUGUACUUCCCAUCCACUGAAAUUACAGGUCUUUUUGGAUGUUGUAGUGAUGUGGACAUCCCAGUUCUAACUUGCAUGAAAAAUAGCACACCUGAAAGUGAGGGAAAGAGUAGGUCUUGGAAAACUUAUUACAGUUGGCCCUCCCUACACAUGGAUUCUGCAUCCACAGAUUCAAUCAACCACAACUCAAAAAUAUUCCAAAAUUUAAAAAAUCCCAAAAAGCAAAAACUGAUUUUGCCAUUUGACACAAAGGAUGCCAUAUACACCAUUGUAUAUAAUGGGACUUGAGUAUCUGUGGAUUUAGGUAUCUACAGUGGUGAUGGUCCUGGAACCUAACUCCAGCUGGGAGUUAUAGUCCAAAAAGUCAUGUUUCCAAGCUCUGAGAAAUGUAUUUCUUGGAAAAAGCUAAUCUACCAUUCAGCCUGCUAUUUCCAGAAUUAGGAUCUCUUCAAAGGGAAAUUGUUUAGUAAGCGUACACUUGCUGUAGCUGACCUAGAAUGGCAUUAUGUUCCAUGCUAUACAUCUUUGCGUAGAUGGCCUGGAUUUCACUUUUUGGCUGGAACCCUUUUGGUUAGUUCCAACAAGAGUAGCACCCUUUAAUGAACUCUUGGAUGGUGAGUCAACACAUAGGUAUAUCACAUCGACUUGAUGUAUCUUCGUUAGUCAGGAGUAUUAAUAAUAUUUAGGCCAAAGGCCACAUUUAGCAUCAGUAAUAAUAAGCACAACUAUAGGUAAAAGGUUUCCCCUGACGUUAAGUCCAGUCAUGUCUGGCUCUGGGGGUUGGUGCUCAUCUCCAUUUCUAAGCCGAAGAGCCGGCGUUGUCCAUAGACACCUCCAAAUUCAUGUGGCCGGCAUGACUGCAUGGAGCGGCGUUACCUUCCCGCCGGAGCGGUACCUAUUGAUCUACUCACAUUGGCAUGUUUUUGAACUGCUAAGUUGGCAGGAGCUGGAGCUAACAGGGGCCGCUCCCGCCGCUCCCGGGGUUUGAACCUGGGACCUUUCGGUCUCCAGCUCAGUGCUUUAACGCACUUCGCCACCGGGGCUCACAGCACAACUAUAAUAUUUAAUAAGACUGCACAUGACCACAAAAGAAUGUUUCCUUGAUUCCCAACUCUCCAUAUGAUUCCCCAAAUCCACCCGAUCUUAGAUUUCUCUUACCACCCAUUCUAUGCCAUGUGGCAUCAAUGGCAGCUGAUGGAUCUCAUGACAGUGGAGCACUGAGCUUUGAAAGAGUUAUCCAAGGAGGUGAACGUAGUGUAGGGAGAUGAUUCAGAUAAUGACUGAACUAAAACUUGAAAUGGACCCACAUAUAGUGCCCACCAUCAACAUAAGGUGCAAGAUAGUGGUUGGAAGGUUCUUUGCAUUACAGAAAAUAAGAAUCAUGUACAGCUCCCCCUCCUUCUAAUGUAAUUGCACUGACCAGCCUAUCCAAUGGUGAGAAAUACUGGGAGCCACAUUCCCAACAACAUCUAGAAGGUCAUGAUUUGCACCCCUGUUGUAUAUCAAAAUAAAUCAGUCUAGGUUCCUUUUUCAUAUUUUCCUCCAAAGCUAGAUGAAUCUAAUAGAACAGCCUUCCAUGUGUGUCAAGCCAAAAAUCCAUCAACCUUGGCCAUGUUAGUUGAGAAUUGAUGGGUUUUAAGUCCUAUACAGAGCUCCGAAUGGUGUUUCCAUAUGUCAGCAGGUGACUUGAAGGCACACCCACAAUGGAAAUCUUGAGAGGAUCACAGGUGUGUGAAACACCACAGCCGAUGCUAAGAUGAGAAAAUAUUUAUGAGAGAGGAAGCCAACCAUGAGAGGCAAUCCAAACCACUUCUCUUAUGCUUUCAAAUAUGUGCAUACCAUCCAGCUUCUGCAUAGUAUGUCUGAGAUGCAGGUGCUUUAUUGGAUGCUUAAAAAACACAAAUUUGGAACACAGACACAGAAGCUUUCUAUUUACUUUCCAAACAUGCUGCCUGGCAGGAUCCCAACUGAUAACCUUUUGACUGAUGUUAAUUAAUGGUGUUGAGCAGGAUCUAUUGGUUGCUCAUUCCAUCCCUCCCCAUUUCUAUUUAAAUUACUUUGGAAGAUUGUGGUGUUUCUUUGAGUUUGAAUGAAUCUGAGGCUAAGAAAUGCGAAAUUAUUUUCUCUUAUGCAGUUGCCACAUUAAACAGCCACUAAAGUCCAUGCAUGCAUAGCAUUUGUGUCAUCUCAAUUUAAUUACCUGAAUAUCUGGACAAACCACAUCCACCCACAAGUUGUUGGGUUUUCGGGUACAGUAGAGUCUCACUUAUCCAACAUAAACGGGCCGGCAAAAUGUUGGAUAAGCGAAUAUGUUGGAUAAUAAGGAGGCAUUAAGGAAAAGCCUAUUAAACAUCAAAUUAGGUUAUGAUUUUACAAAUUAUGCACCAAAACAUCAUGUUAGACAACAAAUUUGGCAGAAAAAGUAGUUCGAUACGCAGUAAUGCUAUGUAGUAAUUACUGUAUUUAUGAAUUUAGCACAAAAAUAUCACGAUAUAUUGAAAACAUUGACUACAAAAAUGCGUUGGAUAAUCCAGAAUGUUGGCUAAGCGAGUGUUGGAUAAGUGAGACUCUACUGUAUUAUGAAAAUUCUUUUUGAUGGUUUUAUAUCUGUGAUUCAUUCAAGCACUCAGGUCAGCAAUGGAAAUUGCAAUGACCAAGUGGUUUGUGAAUCCUAGGUAUAGAUAUAGUAUGCUUUGUCACUUGACUUGUGACCCUUUCACCAAAUGUUGUGUUUUAAAGGACAUUCAAUGCCAUGUCUGGCAUCCCUUAAUACUCAUUUCUUGGGUGAUCAAGGAGUUGUUUUUCAAAUUUGUUGUAAUUGAGAGAUCUCCAUGAACCCCUGUCAUAAAUGGCCUUUUUCGGGUCUUUCAGUUCAGGCUGUGUCUUCCUUAACAGAAUCAAUUCAUCUGUGAGAUGGUUGUUCCUUCCUCGUUAGCUGCCCAGCAUGAUGGUCUUUUCCAAUGAGUCAUGUCAUCUCAUGUUGUGUCUAAAAUACAAAGCUACCAUUCAGGUUGUUCUGGCUUGUAGUAAGAGUUGAAGUUUGAUUUGUACUGGU